AUGGCGUCCCACAGCCACAGCGCAGCCGACGACGUCCAAUCGCGCAUCUCCCCCACGUGCCCCUCCUCGACGUCCGAGAUCCUGUCCCACGCCUGGCACCACGACGUCGCGGGGCUCAAGAAGCUGCUCGACGUGCCCGGCAAGGCGAGCUGCCAGGACCCGGUCACCGGUGAGACGCCCCUGCACGCGGCCAUCCGCUCCUGUGGGCCCUUCAGCCCGGCCUCGUCCUCCACGCCCGCCACCACCACCGUCAUCGCCUCCUCGGGCGCCACCGGCGGCCACGAGGUCAACGUCGAGGACGCAAAGGCCGCCGUCCACGAGCUCUUCCUGUCCGGCGCCAUCUGGAACGACGUCGACGACCACAAUGAGACCCCCGGCUGCGUGGCGUGGCGGCUAGGUCGCACUGAGCUGUACAACCUGUGCGUGGAGGCGGGCGUGCGCGCAGAACUGCUGUUCGGUUUGCUAGAUGGGUAUGAGGAGCUUUCGUCAGGCUCAGAAGAGGACGACGAGGGCAUGGAAGAGGAGGAAACUCAGGAGAAUGGCCACGAAGCAGAGGCGGAAACAGAAGUAGAAGAGAAUGGCGAAACAAAUGACGCCGAGGCAACAGAGCCCACUUUCCAAGCUCCCAAGACUGAUGCCGAGCAAGAAGUCAAGAGCGAAACGUACCUCCGGUCGAAACUCACCUACUCCGACGGAAAGCUAGUGGACGAUGACGGAAACGGCGUCAUGAUGGCCUGGGAGACGGAGAUCAUGCGGCAAAGCGUCGAUGCUCUACUACCUAACAAGGAGGAAGGCAAGCGGAUCCUGAACAUUGGGUUCGGAAUGGGCAUAAUCGACAGCAUGUUCGCCGAGACUAAGCCAGCCCGUCAUCACAUCAUCGAAGCACACGAGGAGGUACUUGAGCACGUCUCCAACCCCGAGUCCAAGUUCGGUUCGACUUGGGAAGAGAGUGCGCCGGAGCGAGGAGCUUACAAGAUUCACCAGGGUCGGUGGCAAGACAUUGUUCCGCAGCUAUUGGAGAGGGGUGAGAUAUACGAUGCCAUAUACUUUGACACAUUUGGCGAAGACUAUGGUCAGUUGAAGAUGUUCUUCACUGAGUAUGUGCCUGGCUUGCUAGACCAGUACGGCAUCUUCGGCUUCUUCAAUGGCCUAGGAGCUGAUAGACGGAUCUGCUAUGAUGUGUACACCAAGGUAGUGGAGAUGCAUCUCACUGAUGCCGGACUUGAUGUUGACUGGAAGGAUAUCGAUGUGGAUCUGAAAGGUUUGGAGGAGGCAGGCAAAGGCGAAUGGGAAGGGGUGAAGCGAAGGUAUUGGACACUCGACAGUAAGCUAAGUCCCCUCGGAACACUCUAUGCUCGACCUAACUUGAUUUUCUUUUAG